AGUUUGAUUGACAUUUGGGCUGUAUGUGUUCUGUUUUGGUUGCUAGUGGAGACAGAUAACUCUCAGAGGGUGUUGGACAAUGACUCAGCCCAUCAUCUGAAGCUAAGGGAGAGACAGCGCUUCUUUGAGGAGGUGUAUCAGCACGAUAUGGACUUCCUCCUGUCCUCGGCCCACCUGCACAUCGACAGCAGGAAACGUGAGAGAUGCUCAAUACACACACCUACACACACACCUAUACACCCGCACACCAGCACACCCGCAAACCCGCACACCCACACACACACACAAAAGAUAAGCCUCUAUUAUGUAAUCUAUGGACUUAUUAGAACGCACAUUAAAGUCCAAAUAAACAGCACAUAAUUGACUUAAUGAUAAGUAGUAAAUAUAGAGCCAGUUUCUGAGUGUGAUGUGUUGUCCAUACAGCUCCCAUGGGCAGUAUCUCUUCUAUGGAGGUGAACGUGGACAUGCUGGAGCAGAUGGACCUUAUGGACAUCUCUGACCAGGAAGCUCUGGAUGUGUUCCUCAACUCUGGGGCCGACGACAGCCCACUGGCCUCCCCUUUACCAGGUAAUUAUGCCACCUUCCUGGCCCCAUAAAUAACAUACUUACCAGGUUUGCUUUUAGGAGAGGGGGCCCAUAAUAAUUGGUCACAUCAUUUCUCAAAGUAAGGUUUAAAUGUGGAGAGAUUUUCUUUCUAGAGUGGAAUGUACAACUAGCCGUUCUAGAGUGGAAAUACAGUCAUUAUAAAAAGGAACAAGAGCAGUAGUGACUUUUUACAUGUACAUUUGAGCAGGAUGGGAUGGGAAAAAAUACCAUAUUUUUCAUCAAGCUGUUAGUCAUUUCCCUGCGCUCGCUAUAACACUGCAGCACCAAUGUCCAUUGUUUAUGUCUGGCAUUAGCAAGCCCUAAGUAAUCUAUUCUUCUCUAAAUAAAACAUCUCAGUAUGUGAGGUUAUUCAAUAAUUUGGUUGGAUGGGAAAGAAAACAUUACUAGCUACUGCAUGAGAGCUGAUUGGUUACCUGUUCAUUCUCCCUGGGUUUGAACUGGAGUCAAUGGAGCUAGAGGACAUACAUUGCCUUCCUCACAUAUAGAGGGUGCUGUUAAGACUACCUUGCAAAAACAGUUUUUUUUGUGACAUUUACAUUUUAGUCAUUUAGCAGAAGCUCUUAUCCAGAGCGACUUACAGUUAGACAUGUGAAGAUAUUUAGUAUAUCAAAAAGGUAUACAUGUUUUCAUGUUUCAUGCUUCUUUUUAAACUUAAAUUCAGAUAGAGGAGGAUGGUCCCCCUCUUCCUCCAAUGACCAGUCUCUUCUGAACAAGAAUGUAGCUGUUCUGUACCUGAGUGUAUAGGCCUAGUGGUUCUAGUGGUGGUUCUAGUGGUUCUAGUGGUUCUACUGGUGGUUCUAGUGGUGGUUCUAGUGGUUCCAGUGGUUCUAGUGGUGGUUCUAGUGGUGGUUCUAGUGGUUCCAGUGGUUCUAGUGGUUUUAGUGGUGGUUCUAGUGGUGGUUCUAGUAUUGGUUCUAGUGGUGGUUCUAGUGCUUCCAGUGUGGUUAUAUUGGUUCCAGUGGUAGUUCUAGUGGUUCUAGUGGUUCUAGUGAUGGUUCUAGUGGUUCUAGUCUAGUGGUUCUUCGGUAGAGUGUAGCUGUUCUAGAAUGGAACCUUAUUAUCUCUCUGGUUUUCCUGCUCCUGUCAUUGUGACCCUAUAGGUUUGUCAACUCACCCCUGGCCUCUUACAAAACUCUCUUCUAUGCUGCUCUAGCCUCACCCACAGAGACUUGGCACAAUCUAAUUGGUGCCAUAUCACAUUUAAGAUGCAAAACUAAAGCUAGAAGAAUGACACAAGAGAUUAAAACUGCUGUGUAUUAUGUGUGUGUGAAAUGUCUGCACUACCCGGAAAAGGUUGUUGUUGUUUCUCUUUCAUGCAAACUGAUGUAGGGAAAAUAGGGAUUCUGUUUUCAGAAGCAGUUUUGUUUACCCUGGCAUUUACCCUGGCAUCAGAUCACUGUGGUGAUAGAGGGGGAUCAGGUGUAUCGAGAGACUCUCUCAGGGAGGAAAUCGGUGCAAACCUUUUGGUUUGUUUUAUAUAUCAAUAACUCAGUAUGAAAGGAACAGCUUUAAUUUAUACUUAGGGAUGUUUCUGGUGUUAGACACCAUUGACAUGCUGAAGACAUAGACCUCAUUAUUCCUCUAUUAGGGCCGAUAGUACUGUCAUUAACUGGUUUACCCACCACACCCAUUAGAAACUCAUUACAAACAGUUGAGGAAUGUUCACUUGAAAGCGUGUGUUUGGCCCCACCUAUCAUCAAGGGAUUUACAGUCACACUUUAUUUGCUCUACAGAUGGUCAUACUGUCUGUUGGUAAGCAACUGUUGAUAAGCAACUGACUAUCUGUUGAUAAGCAGUUGCUUGCUAAGGUUACGGUUAGGUUAAGGUUUAGAUUAAGUGUUAGGAUAAUGGUUAAGGUUAGAGUUAAGGCUAGGGUUAAGGUUAGGAUAAGGGUUAAGGUUAGGGAUAGGGUUAGUAGAUAGUUACUUGAAAUGUUACUGAUAGGCUGUAGAUCGACUUUCCAAAUAAAGUGCUACCAUCUUUUCAUCAGUCUGUUACACCCUUAUAUAUUGCCUUUGAUUUAAUAAUAGAGAUAGUAUCAACAGAACAGAAGACUUCCAUUUCAAAUGUCAUGGCAGUGCGACUGAGGACAUCCUGUUGUUUACACAACACUGAGAUAAUGAUGAGGUACUGUGAAAGGAUGGUAACUGUAAGUGACAUUUCAAAUGACCACAACAAAGGCUGUCAGGGUUGAUACAAAUUCCUUUCAGUGGUAAUUACAUUCCUUUUCAUAACAUUUCCAUGCCUUGAACCUCAAUGUCAUGAUGCUUGUUCCUUUUCUAUUAUUUUCUACUCAUGUCUUCUGUCUGCUCCUCUGGCCCACAGCAGAGGUAGACGAUGAAGAGGAAGACGAGGAAGACGAGAGCAAAGAGGUUGUCUACAGGGAGCGUGUGCCAACUUGCGACGGUUGCCAGGGUUCAAAAUCUCGCAUGUCAUCCACCUCUUCCGGUUCCAGUGACACCAGCGGGACCGACACCCAUGUGGUCCAAUCAGAUGACGAGGAGGUGCACGCAGACACCCUGUUGCUGACCUCCGUGCCUCGAACAAAAGAUGAAGAGACAGAGGAAGAAGAGGAAGAUGAGAGAGGCCUGUCCGCUCCGUUGUCAUAG